AUGUUUCCUUUACCGGAUACUAAGAAACAGGGUUCGGAGCGGAAAUGGGGAUCUCGCUGGCGCUCGUCCGAUACAUUUAUUCUCAGCAGCACGUCCAUGGCGUUGUUCACAGACGAAAUGCUCUUUGCCUUCAUGGUCCCACUGCUCCCUCACAUCUUCGAGAACCGUCUAGGGCUAGACACAUCCCUUACCCAGCGAUUGACCUCCAUAUUUCUAGUUGAAGGAGCGUUGAUAUCUAUCGUCUCGAGUCCAUUUAUCGGGAAUCUAGCCGACAGAGCCACCUCCAAAAAGGUUCUACUACUGGUGAUUCUGGUACUGACGCUGAUCAGCGUACUAUGUUUAUCAAUCACUACAUCCCUGGCCUGGCUAUUCAUUGGUCGCUUUUUCCAAUGUAUCGUCAGCAACGCAUUAUUUAUCGUCGGUAUGGCCACAAUGGCGGAGAACAUCGGGUCAGAACACAUGGGCAAGAUAGCAGGUUUGACCUCAACCCUAGUAUCAGCUGGAACGUGCUCAGGUCCCGUAAUUGCUGGGUUUCUCUUUGGAAUUGGAGGAUAUUGGACAGCGUGGGCUGGCGCGGCUCUGUUUCUCAUCGUGGAUAUCAUUAUGCGUCUGCUCAUGAUUGUAAAACCGCUGAAACGCCGCGAUACAACCUGCCAGAGUCGCGAUGAAUCUCUGUGUACAGAAGAUCAUGGAUGCUCAUCUGAUACAGAACCACUUCUCUACGGAGAUCGGUCAUCGACUACCGAAGAAAUUCGCGGUUGGCGGUUCUACGUCUGCCUUUUCCGCCAGCCUUGCUUUACGGCGGGAAUUGUCAGCUAUUUUAUCUUUGCGCUGUUUAUUGCCAGUUUCGAGUCUACCAUUGCAAUGCAUGUCCGGGACGCUUUUGAUUGGGGCAUUUUCCCGGUCGGGCUUUUGUUCGCGUCUAUCCAGGGACCGGGGAUGAUCUUGGCUCCUUGUGUUGGAUUGUUGAAAGACCGUGUGGGAUCGAGGGUUCCCACCACCAUUGGAUUCGUCUCUAUUGCACCUUUUCUAUGGGCUCUUGGAGUCGCCGGUGAUGAGCGCUUUCCAUGGGCCACCGUGGGAGCUAGGGGUAAAAUCAUCUAUUGCGUCUGUACGACUAUGAUUGGGUGUUUUAUGUGUUUGCUCAUGGGAGCUGGAAUGAUGGAAGCAACUAAAACCGUUGAUAAGUUGGAAAACUUGCAUCCUGGCAUAUUCGGUCCCUAUGGAGGGUAUUCCCGUGCUGUUGCAAUCACAAAUAUGAGUUGGAUGUCUGGUUUACUCGUGGGCCCAAUCUUGGCUGGAUUCAUGGUCGAAAAUUUUGGGUAUCUUGAUCUGCAGUGUGUACUCGCGGGUACUUCCUUGCUGGCUAGCAUCAACGCUGCUUUUAACCUCAGCCCAGCCAGUCCUCAACAGGAAGAGUGGGACAGAAACUCUGGGACCGAUGAACCCUAA